AUGGUCAGGCCGUCAACAGCACUUUCAGCUCGUUUGCGCUUGACGACCAAGCAAGUCAAUGGAGGUUACUACAAAGGCAACCGGACGGGAUCCAUGGGAGCACAUACCGAAUGGGGUGGCUACGUUAUCGACUACCGAAAAGCGCGCAACUACAAUUGUCCUGAUCUGAAGGACACCAGAUUAACGCCCUUUGUCAGCGCCCAGAUCGACCCACGAAACCUAGAUAGAGCAGCUCGCGACGACCCAACUUACAUCCCGGACCGCUCCAGCGGGAGAGCAUUCAUCGAAGCGUGGAAGAAUGAUAGUCCUGACGAAUACAGCACCAAGUUAAAAACCUGGAUGUUGUAUUUUGCGCAAGCAGAGGAACCUGCAGCCCAGCAAAGCCUAGAACACUCAGCCGAGCCAUUAGAACCAGAAGAAGCAGAUCAGACCAUGGAGUCAAUUGGCUUAGAGGACCAUUAUCACACUGGUACUCAAGGAGAUAAGGAUACGACAGCUGAGGCUGAAGAUGUGCCUGGGGAGUCUGGACGCCUGGGGCGAAAGGUCAUUACCGGGCGACGGAAGAUAUCACCCAACCCUGCGCCUCAACAGCAAGAAACUGAUCAACCGCGGCACCCCUACUAA